AUGUAAUAAUCUGAUCCCAACCAAACCUAAAACUGGGGAGUAACAACAUUUGAGAUCUCAGAAACGUAAUAGUAAUAUCCUCAGCAGCAAUUCAUUCCAAAUCAAUAGCCAUAUCCUUAGUAAUAUUAAUAAUAUGGACAAUAACCCUAGUAAGUCGCAUAUGGAUAGCCCGUAGUUACUAAUGCUUAUCCUUAGACUGUUUAAGUUGGAGUACCAUAUGUGUAGACAGUGAUUGGAAAUCAUUUUAAUGCUCCUCCAUAAUACAAUGCUAAUGGGUCACCAUUUCCUAUUUAAAUCAUAUGUCCAGCGUGUAAAACAUAAGGAAUUACAAAUGUGAGAACUGAGAUUGGAGCAGGAACAUAUCUGGUUUCAUGUCUAUUAUUUCUGUGCACCGGAAUAUUAUGUUGUUGGGUUCCAUGUGUUAUGCCUGAUUGUUAAGACAAGAUUCAUAGAUGUUCUUCAUGUUAAACAGAAGUUGGGAUAAAAUAGUAUGAUAUGUGUUGA